AUGAAGUUGCUUGGUGUAAUUGGUACUGCACUGUUGGCUGCUACGCAAGUGAGCGCAGAGUGCAGUUAUAUUGAUGGUAACUACUACUGCGGUAAAACCGAUGCAAUUGUGUAUGCCAAUGUUGGGUACAAGGGGACUUACAUGGAUGUUACGAACAUGGACGAAGAGACCUGUCAGUGUACCCAGGAAUCUGUUUCAUUCGGUGGAAGUUUGUCGCCUUUGAAUGAGGAGUUGUCUGUGCACUUUAGGGGUCCUUUGAAGUUGUUGCAGUUUGGUGUGUAUUAUCCUACUGGUUCGGGAUCCGUGGCUAAGCGUAGCGUGCCAGAGUCGGAAGCCGAUGACGGGCAUGCUCACCACAAACACAGAAGGGAUGCCAAGGUUAAAUAUGUUGGUAAGACUUCAACUAUAUUUGUUGGUGCUGAUGGCGCCAAGGAUUCCUCAUCACCUACUGUUGCAGGCGAGUUGUCGAUACCUUCAUCCCCCCCUGUUGGCAAUGUUAAAUCCCAGAGCAAGAGUAGUAGUAGUGCUGCUCCACAUGUUUCUUCUUCAUAUGUCCCAGAAUCUUCUUCUACUUCCAAAGUAGCUUCCGCUUCUUCUUUGCCUUCUUCUGGGUCUGGGUCUGGUUCUGCUUGGAAGAGAGUUUCAUAUUACACACCAGGUUCUACUGAUAACUGUACAUUCUUCAACUACCAAGGCGGUGUUGCAGGCUCAGGUACUUGGUCUUCAUGCUUUGGUAAUUCUAUUUCCUUCGCUGCGGAGGAUGGUGUGUCCGGAGCAUCGUCUGCUACCCCGCUAGGUGAUGUUAUUGUUGGAUCCAACAAGGAAUUCAUCAUCAUGUCUGGCGCUUCUUGCGAUGAUAAGUCUGUUGGUGACUGUGGUUACUACAGAUCAAAAAUUCCAGCAUACCAUGGAUUUGGUGGCGCUUCCAAGAUGUUUGUCUUUGAAUUUUCCAUGCCAAGCGACACCCAAGGUUCCAACCCUAACCAGGACAUGCCAGCAAUCUGGUUGUUGAAUGCAAAGAUUCCUAGAACUCUACAGUACGGUGAUGAAACUUGUUCCUGCUGGAAGAGCGGUUGUGGAGAGAUGGACUUGUUCGAAGUGCUAUCUUCCGGAUCCAACAGUUUGAUUACACACUUACACGACGGCCAAGGAAAAGACGGUAGUCAAUCCGGUGGUGGUGGUACUCAGGACUACUUUGCUAGACCAGUUUCAACCACUUUAAAGGCUGCUGCGAUCUUCGAUGAAAAUACCCAAAAUGUUCACAUUUUAGAGGUCACUGGUGAUUUCGGCUCCACUAUCUCCGCCGAGAGGGUCUCUUCUUGGUUGCAAACUGAGGGUUCUAUGGCUGUCUUGGCUUCAAGUUGA